AUGUAUAAAAAUCCAAAUGAUGGAAAUGAUGUUGAUUUAUUAUCAAUACCUGGUGUUAAACAAAAGACGAGUUUAUAUGUAACAUCAUUAAUUGAUAUUAUUUUUACACAUGAGAAAUUAUUGCAACUUGAUGCAACAAAAAUCAAAUUUAAUGAUGGUUAUAAAUUAAUACAAGAAGCUAUACGAAAUAAAUUUCGAUUAUCAGAUGAUAUUUUUCAAAUUGAAUGGUGUAAUUUACAUGAAACAUUUUUAAACAAACGUCGGGAUAUUAAAAAUGGUAUAAAAAAGCAACAAACUACAGUUCAAACGAAUCCAUCAACACAUACCUAA